UCGGGAAAACCUCGAAUCGAGCUUAAGAAGGUAAACAAAUCAAUAAACACCAGAAAAGUUUCGUUUGUAUUGUAACCUCAUUUUCUUCCCGAAAAGUAUAUCACAAAGGAAAACCGGCCGGACCACCUUAGGCAUUCUCAACUUCAAAUUAUCUGAACUUUCCUAAAAUUUCUAGAUAAUCGCGAACAAGCAAAUUAACUUUAAUGGCAAACUGGAAUAAGCAAAACGCAUAACUUCUUUAAAAAUUAACUUUUAACUUACUAAUGCAUUUCACUGUGCCCAGAAGGACGCUCGCGGCAGAAUUUCUAACCAUUCUUUGAUGACUACAAAUCUUCGAAUGGAUCUUCAGGUGGCAGUUCCUUCAUUAUGUUUUGUAAGAUUUGAGUUUUCUCUAUGGAUAUUAGACCUCGCGUAUUUAUAUUUCGCAAAGAUUUUUAUUCAAAUGAUGCAAUAUAUAUUUGGCGCAUAUAUGAUCUUGGCACUAUUUGCUAAUAUUUACUCUGGUGUUUGCAAGAGUGAUGCUUAAACCUCCGUGAAUUUACGUUGAACCUUGGUCAAUGCCUCUCGCUCGUCCGAAGACGCAGACAAAACGCCUUCAUUUAAAACGCUUAUCACAUUCCCUUGUAUAAGCAACACUGCUCUUAUUUGCAGUCGACGCUCACCCCGGGGGGGAGGCGGCGCUUAUACAAAUUCUCUCCUUUGAGAUUAAUACGGUAUGACGUAUUUUGACUUUUUUUUCCCUUGCUUGGUCCCCAGAGGGUUUGUUAAUUUUAUUUUCUAAUUCUUGAUAGAUCCUGAGUUUGGGCGGUGAAGCGACAGAAGCUUCAUCAAAAUGUGAAGACAGGUAUAUUUGAUCAUGCUAGAGUUUUGGAGAUUUUGAGAGCAGAUCUCUGGGGCCAACCUUGUUGCUCGGAAGUUGGGGAGUAAUUAAAUUUUUUACGUUAAAGUCUGGUACUUAUUCGAGCACGGCGUUUAAGUAAAUACCAAAGUAACAUGUAAACUUAAUACACAAAUUCAUUCCAUUUCUUUACUUCAAAGAACAAUGCAUAAAAGCAACUGCCUAGCCCAUGUCAGUUUAAAUCCUCCGAUUCCUUUAAAGUUUAUAACUUUGACAAAACUGCAACAAAGAUUAGCUGAACUUCAUAAAUCUUUUCUUCAAAUGAGCUUCGACCUUUAAAGCCAUGUCUUAAUUGAGAAAGCUUCAUUUGUCAUUAAGCCUAGCAUCACAUUGAUUCUCACAAAUUACAACUCUUGUAACCAAAACGGCUCUUGAAAUGUUAAGAACCUCUUUAACAUCACUUGUUCCCAUAUUUUAAAUAACGAAACGAACUCGCUUUCAUACGAGCUUCUAUACUUAUUACAUUUAUGGUUAAAAUUUAUCCCAUUUAUAGUUAGUAAUUUAUUACAUCUAUGGUUGAUUAUUAUUACAUUUAUGGUGGGUAUUACAUUUAUGGUUGAAUUUUUAUUACAUUUAUGGUUGUUCAGUAUUACAUUUAUGGGUGAUAACGUGUAAAGGUCGUCAAUCGCCCGAACUUGACAUUUACCGUAUCGCCAAAAUAUUUAUCCAAUGAAACUAAAAUUUAUAUUUUCAUUACUACAAUAGCUGUGGUCACACUACAGUCUUUUACCUAGGUAAAAGCAAUUUACCUAGGGUAAAUUCAUCAAAAAUCUCCCGAGGUUAAUUCAUCUCGGGUUUCGUUUUACCUUGGGGAAAAUUCUGGGAAGGUCACACUACGGUUAUCGGCUCCCAAGGUUUUCACGCCAGUUGAAUAUUUUGGAGCGUAAAUUUAAGAAGGCAAGAUUCGCCGGGAUCUAGCUGAUCAAAGAGAUGUUUUUUCUUUUAUCUCGCUGUUAUUUACGCUAAUUGAACGUGCAAGGUGAAGAAAGCCGAAGACAGAAGACAGAAGCACGUGAGUCGUUAGAAUGAUGGGGAAUAACCUUAGGAGAUGUUUACAUGAGAAACCUUGCACCGACGCGCGUUUCAUACCGGGACGACUUUUUGAUUUCGUAUCGUGUUUACACGAUGACUGGGUCAUUUCAUAUAUCGUUAUUUGAAGAUACACUUCGUGUUGAUAAAAUACAAGUGUGAUUGAAAAUCGCAAACAUUACGCAUGCGCUACCCGUUCCAGUCUACCAGCAGACCGAUUUCACACCGAAAGGGGUGGACGCUUCGCGUUUACAUGAUACCGUUGCGAUAUUUCGUACCGGAGUGAAAUUCUCGCCCCGGUACAAGAACCGGGACGAACUCACGCCGGGAUGACUCGAGCUGGCAUGACAUUUUGUGGUGGUAUCAAGUAAACAAAUAGAGUAAACAACAAGUAACAAGUAAACAACAAGAGCCAUGAGAGGGAACCGUAGUGAACUCGCUCCUGGACGAAAGUUGCCCCGGUGUCAUGUAAACACCCCUUUAGUCAACUUGGGACUCGCCUGCAUGGUCACUUUCCUUUUCUUGUUUAUGAGGAAUAAUAUAUAGAUUUAGCCAGGGCUAAAAGCGAAGCUCUCGAUAAUAUUUAUAGUUUGUUCAAACAAAAUAUAAAAUCGUGUAAUGUUAAGCGGCGAAGCCAACGCCAGAGAAUGGUGAAAGACAACAAUAGGUCUAAUUAGCAAAAAAAAAAGCAACUUUUCCCGGUGGAACACACUUUUUUUGUACAUUUCUUUGCCGUUGUUUUGCACGAAUAUAGCGUGAAACUUCCAGAAACUUCUUAGUAACACGUUUUAUGGAGGAAAUGUCGUACGUGUUCUCGUUCACUUUUUUUUCACUGCCGUUCAUUUUCACCUUGCAUUGGUGGCCGAUAGCAUUUCCCAUUUUGUGACCGCCGCUACAAAAUUUUCAUGUUGUUCUUCCAACAAAAAAAUGUCUCCGUUAUUUUUUAUCUCUCGCUCUAGACCUCCAGCUCCGUCGCCCUUUUUCUCGUUGUGCUUCGCUGGCCUGCCUCCUACUUUCUCUUUUUCUCUGUCUUUCUCCUGCUCUAUAUUCCAAAUUUGUGGACAUGCGAAUUACUCUAAACUAAAUACUUUAGACAACACGGAUACAGAAACAAUUUUCGCUUUCCGUUUUCGUCUUUUUUGACCCUUUAGUUGUCUCUGCUUUACAAGACGCCGGUGGCUAUGCGAUUUCCCGCCAAAAUAACCUCCAGUUGCAUUUGGGUUGCCAUACCUGUUGAUUGAGUUAUUUUACAUUGGUAUGCCUGUCGUGCGGACGGACGGUCGGGCGGGCGGUCGUUCGGUGUACGGUCACGUGAUUACCAAAUUUUUCGGAUGGGUAAAUUACUUCAUUUUUUCUUACCCAUGGUGCUCCGCUGGAGUACUUCGCGCGCGAGGCCCCGCUAUCAUGCGGUUAUUGCAUGUAAAGUUUAUGCUAUUGAGUAACUGCGGCACUUUUACAGUUUAUCACAUAGUUUAUAACGAUAUUAUUAUUAUUUUUUCCAGAAACAUAAUAUGUAUGGAAAGAAGAAAAUAAAAGUUUCCUUUGUGAUUUUAGCCGCUGUUAAUUUAUUUAUGCAUGUGAACUCCUCGGAAAAAAGACGGAUAACAUGUGGUAAGAGAGGGUCUUUUUGUUUAUAUUUUUAUCUCUUAGACAGCAUAAUUCCAUCCCAAAUUGAUACUAGAAGUUAAUUUCUGGUCUAAACACUUUGAAUUCUUUCCUCGUCGACUUUUUAUGUCUUUUCAUUUAUCUUACUAACAAUUGACUUAAUGCUUGCGGUGUGGUGAAAUUAGACUCUCCCAUGGUUCUUUUUUUUCUUUUUUAGUUAAAUUUUGACCAAUUAGCAAAGAUGUAUUGAUAGAUCUCAGAAGAGCGCCUUCAAAUCAGUAAAGCUGUCAAAUCUAAGAGCCUAGAGCUGGCUCCGGAAAUUGGUGAAGUUUUAAUUUUUAAUUGAAGGAGCUGUUUAUCCCGGCCUGGGCUUUUUAUUCGUCCCUGAGCCAGAGGGGAGUUUCAAGGUGCUCCCUAGUCCCCCUCCCCCACCAAUAAUAAUCGAAAAGUAUCACGAUGAUGCCACGAAACUUAGCAGGUUUGUAUCAAAUCAUCAGGCUAACAACGUGGCACUGAUCAAAAAUUAACUUACGACAUGUAUGACGUCAUAAUUACGGCGGUAGUUUAAAAUUUGCAUUUUCAAUUUUUUUUACAUCUUUUUCCUAGACUCUGUAAAACCAGAUUCAUUGGUACUUUUAUUUAAUUUUAUGACAAAUGCACAAAUUUUUGCUGUUGUCGCUAAGAACUUUACGUUAGUAACACGCUCUGGGCGAGGAGAAUUAUGACGUCACAUAACGUCGUAAAUCCACCAUUUUGACAUUUCGAGGCAGGCAUUUCUUUUUAAUUUCGCAGUUGUUAUAGUUAACGAUGAAGUCAGCAAAAAUAUUAAGAAAGUUUGGAGGUUUUCUUGUCACCCUUUUAAGUUAUAAUUAAUCAAAGUUAACUCGGUUCAUUGUGCCCUCUCCCGCAGGUUGAAUGACGUGGAAAAAAAACAUAAACGAGUUGUAAUAUAACAUUUUAUUCAACAUAACGCAGGUUUUAUUUACGAUGGAAGCAAAACUGAAUACGACGCAAUCAAAUCUGCUAUCAACCACACGAGCGCCACCAGCAACGUUUCCAUAGCAUUAAACAUUUUUCACUUCUCUUCAGAUUACAGCCUUUUUGACCAAGGUAAGUUAUCAAGGUCAACUUUACCACUGGACUUGGAGAUAACAUUAGCUUUAAAGGAGCUGUCAUUGUGUUAUGAAUUUUAUCAAAAUUCUAACAGUAUGAACUUCCACUGAAAUUGAGGGGAACAUAAAGUAAUCAAAACAUGAAAAGAAGGUAUUAAUAACAAAGCAAAUAAAAAAGUAGAAAUGGAUGGACAAACUUGUAAAAGAUUAAAACGGAUUGAAAUUGUGGGUUUUUGAAAACUUGUUAAUAGCCUAAGAGGUUUUUUAAAGUUCAUUUUUGCUGUUGUAACGUUUGAUAUAAUGCUUGGGAAGUAUAGUUGUUGGACUUGAAGCUGCAGUUCUUGACGAGUAGGCAAACGCGUGAUAAAUUACAGUGUUUGCAUGAGAAUCUAAUGUCGAAUAAUUUCCGUCGAACAGCUGUUCUGAAAAAAAUAUGAACUGUAAACUAAAGCUUUAAUCCGAAGGAUUCUACUGAAAAAAAUUUAGGGCGUUUCAUGCGGUAGAAGACCUAGAGCCACUUUUUAAAAUUUUCUAUACAUUUGUCUGUAAGAAAGUCCCGGGACAAAUUACAGACAAAUAUAUUAGCGAACUGCCGGUCUUAUUGAGUGACCAAUAACGGGCAAUGUUGAUUCAAUGUUGAUUCAAAGGCAUAGGACCUCAGGUAGUUAUAAUUUAUUUAAGCACUAGAAUAAACGGAAGUCAUGUUUUUAGUUCAAAUAUGUUUUAAAUCUACGCUAAAACAACAUUUUUUAAGUUAAAAGAAUAUAAGCAACUUUUCAGCCUUCCCCAAAAUUAAAGAUGGCAGCCAAAAGGAGAUUAUGAGGGGCAAAUUUAAAUUUCGAUUUUCAAAGUGAAAGCUACCGUUUUAUCCUUGCUAUCAUGCAUUUUUGUAAUGCUUAAUAGUCAAAGAUUAAUAUGUGACAUGUUUCGGCUGUUCCCCUCGAGUGAGCCAUAAACCCAAAUUUUCGGCUCUCAGCUGAUGGACCAUAUGGAAAAUCUAAAGAAAGCUUCUGGAGAAAUUUUAGCACAGAUACGUCCCCAAUUGUUUUUAGCAAAAUCCCUUGCUUUGUAGCUUCAGUUUACAAUUUAUAUUUUUUCAGAAAAGCCGUUAUGCGGAAAUUAUUCGACAUUAGAUUCUCAUACAAACACUGUAAUUUCUCACGCGUUUGCCUACUCGUCAAGAUGGCGUCGAAAACGGUGACAAGGUCUUUUAACAGAAUGAACAAGACAGCCGUGAUAUAGCCCCUAUAAGUAUCUUUUACAUACCCAUAAAACGGAGUACUGAUGAAGAGAGAGGUGUAGGUGUUAAAAUGAGCGCACCCCUGGCCUUAGAUUUGUUAUGGCGCGUUCCAAAAAUCAGACUGGCGUGCAGAACUUGUAAUUAUUAAAACGAAAUUUUAAUCGAUUCGCGAAAUUUCCGUUAAAGCCAUUACUGCUGGGGAUAUGUUUUAUGGACAGACUGAUCCGGCUGUAUUAUUCCGUAAUAGUGGAAUUCUCAUAACGACUGAACUAGUUUGGCCAGCCAGUUCUGACAAAUGGUAAGCACUCUUAGUCAGAUGAAGACUAUUUCCAGCGCAGACCGACAUGAAAAAAGGACGCUUUACCUUUAGCUUUAGCAAUGACAUACAGUAUGUUGCCCAAUAUCCGGCCGGUACCUGAGUAUCCGACCACUUAAAACAAAAACUCAAUUUUUGAGGCGCCUUUUUCAGUUCUUGGUAAACGAAGUAUUUCGAAUAAAAGCUGAACAUUUCAACUUUAAGAUGAAAGUUUUGGCUAGUUUGCCAUUUGCAAAACAGUUGCAGAAGGCCCCGUUCAGGUGAGUAAACUUUUCAUGGCUAAUAUUUACGUUGUUUACUGCGCAGCAAAACUAUUACUGUUCAGAAAUGGGUUGGUAAUAUGUGGAUUUUCAAAGAAACUGUGUUCUUAAGUACUGGAGGUACUUAAAGAAGUCAGGCUCUCAGAAAAUUAAUUAAUCCUUCUUGAAAUUCAAUUUGUUUGGAAUAACGGAGACCAGAAACAUUCAUUACGUAUUGAUGUCAGGUGCCCAGUAUCCGGCCACUUUUUCUUUGAUGUACAGAAUCGAUGGAUUAGCUGCGUUCAUUAUCCGGAUAAGAUUUAUUUCAUAUCUAUAACAAUAAUUAAAGCUUAGGAUAUAUAAUAUAAUCGUAAAAUGUAAUUCUACAGAACUCUCUAUGGAAUUUCUAUGGAAAUUUUCUUCACUCAAUCAGAGGCGACUUGAUUUCGUGUGCACGGCUUGUUUCGGGUGACUGGAAAUUCUAUAUAUAACCGGAAGCGUCGGAGUUGAAACGGGAAUUCUCAUAAUUUCCCCAGUUGUGACUGCUAGAAUGGGGUUGCAACGGUCUGAAAAAUGUCUCAAAGGGAUUGAGAGAUGUGAAAGAAGGAGGAGUUAGUGCUAGAAAGCAGGCCAAAUGUGGGGACUGAGCAUGAAGAAAUCAACACUAAAGGUCAGACUAAAUGGGAUAGUGACCUGUAACCGUCGGAUUGAGAUCCCUUAGCCAGUUUUCCACGGUUUGCAGAAAGGCUAAUUGAGGUUGCAAACCGCGGCUUUGGCUUCUCCGCGGAUGCGUUCCUUAAAUCAGUGAAAAAGGUCCUAGACAAGAAAUUAAGAACCAUACCAUUUAACAGCCGCUCGCGUUCCCCACCAUACGUCAGUCAUUUGUUAUGUUUUAUUUCACGAUGCUAGGUUUACAGAUCGAUUUAUAUUUUUGGAAUCGAUUGCCAGACUACUUUGCAAGUGCAAAAGAAGCUUAUAAGUCGCUUGCCUGUCGAAAUUGAUGUACAAUUACGCUGUUAUUGUUGUGGCCAGAUACUGAGCCAGCUGCUAGGAUACUGGGCAACAUAGGAGCUCUGCAAAAAUAUUAAUUUCGCGAUGGAAACAAAGGCAAAAAAAAUAAACUGUCUUUCGUCAUAUUAAGGACUAAAUAGAUUGUCUCUGGGCCAAAUUUCAGAAUUCGUGCGACUAAGAAAGGAUAGUUAUUGCAAUGUUAAACUGAAGUGGCCGGAUUCUGGGCAACAUACUGUACACCUGUCUUUGCAGGGGGAGGGGGUUAACGUUUUAGUGCCUUACCGUCAUUUGCUAGUCUAAGGGGCUGCCCACACUUGGUGCUCGGGAACCAGUGCCUGGGUACCGGCACAAAAUGGUGCUGUGUUCACACUUUGAGUACCCAAUAUGUGACUGUGUAUAUAGUUACUCCAUUUCGCCCUGUCAGAUGCCAUUUUGAAACAUUCGCUUAGCAGCGAGAACAAAGCAGUUGGCUGUCCGAACCUACAAAAAUUGUGUGCACACAGGGACCCGGUGUCCACUUUUGUGCCCGAGUACAAGGUCAAGACCUUGUAUUCGGACACCCGCACCGUGCCCGCAUUCUAGCGUGGGUACUUGAAAAAAGGGUGUGUUCGCGUUAGUACCCAGCGAGAACCGUACUCGGGCACCAUGCCCAGGCACCAAGUGUGACCGCUGCCUAAGGAUUUGUUUUGGUGGACGCUGGUGGCUAGACCAUGAAACACGCGCAAAUAAUAGACAUCCAACAUAAUGGAAAACCAGAUGACGUGCUCACGCAGCAAAGUAAUCCAUCACUUAACAUAAUACACACACCCCUUUUCUCAAAGAAAUACAAGGCCACCGAAAAAAGUACUUAAAUAAUUACCCCAAAGCCAACGAAUUGUACGUGAAUUCCCGAGGUUAUAUACGAAUGGACUCUCGUUAAGAAAAAUCCUAAUUUCGUCUACCCUAAAUAUGGAUAUGCUCAUAAUUCAUUUCCUAUCUUUAGUGGUUCGCUGCCACUCUGAUUUCAUUGAAAAUCGGUUCGAUCUUUCAUAUUUUGUUUAAAUCAGCAUCAACUUUACUUUCAGCCAUUGGUGUGUUCCAGCAGCAAAAUAUUACGGUACUAAUUGGCGGGAGUCAAUCGGAGUCGCACGCAUGCUCACUCUCUACAGUUACUGGCAUCCCUCUUGUUCGUCUCUAUGAAAGCGUUAUGCCAUUUAAUCAGUGCGACAAAACAGUGGAUAUGUCAGUAGACCACAGAUACUUUGCGCAAGCCACAUUUGACGUUUUAACCAGCUUUCACUGGAGGAAGAUUUCAUUAGUGUUUGAUGGUAACCAAGAGUGUCUUAGGCUCCGUUUAUUUGAAGGAAAGUUGCCCUGAGUUGAAGGGUCACCACUGCACGAAAAAUUGUAUUUACACAAAUUUGCUCGGGGCAAAUGUCGUGCAAAAAAGUGGAAACUAGGAGAAAAUCAGAGGCAAAGAGGGUAAAUACCGCAUUUGCAUUCUAGUUUACAUGGGGUUGCAAAUUCGAGGGCAAAUGCGUUCAUCGUACAUUAACCGUAGUUUGCACUUUUUUGCAUCAUAUUUGCACUGAGUAAAUUUGGUGAAAAUCAAAUUUUUCGUGUAGUGCGCGCUCCUAGUCGAGUUACCCUGGGCGGACAAUUUUUCAUCAUUUCCUUACAAAACGUGGCGAACCGAUUAAAUAAGAAACAAAAAAGUUGGCUCGUUACAAAACGUGGCGAACUGAUUAAAUAAAAAACAAAAAAAUUGGCCCGGCUAGAAGAGUGACCCGCCUAGCCUGGUCACCCUUUUGUGAUGGUACUAGUAGGUCACCUUCCUAGCCAGGCUAACUUUUCUCCACAUAUACACUGUGGCUCGCCCACCCGGGUCAAUAAGGUCAAUGUAGGACAAUCAGAGCAUGUGCGAGUGCUGUUUUAGACAAUCAGAUCACGUGCAGAGCAUGCACGGGCGCUGUUGCGGGCAAAGGGGACAAAUUUUGUCAUAUAAAUGAAACGCGCGCUAAAGUUGACUCUUCUGGGAGCUAGGGUGACCCUUCUAUCCAGAACAGAUUUACUCCAUAUAAACGGGACCUAAGUAUCAUCCAGUAUUAUUUUCUGAUGACGCAAAUUUUUAGUAAAGUGUGAUGUAAAUGUUAAUAAGAUCAUUCCUUUGCAGCUAUAGUUAGAACUCCAUUUAUACUUAGUAUAGCUUUUCCGCAAAACCGCCUAUUCCAUGGAUGAAGCAUUGAACGGCUUUAUCUGCACCUUAUGUAUGACACUCACGUCUGUCGCGGAAGAAGAAUUUACUCUUGUUGCAUCAUGCAUUUCUACAGGGCCAUUACCUCCAACGCCCAUUUCCUCUAUCCCGAGGUGUCCGUUCUAGAGAAUUAGACAGUAUGUUAAAAAUCUCUUGACAUUAUCUACCAUAUAAAAAAUACGAGAAGCCAAUGUUUCAUCGAAACAGAUGAUAACUGAUAAGCACUCGUGAAGUGGGUGGAAAACAGAAGGUGCAGACAAAUUUGCCAAUAGCAAUUCGAGUGUUUGAUAUACCUUAUCAUAUAACAAAUCUUUCCUGCAUUACUGUGAAUGCCCAAACGCGAGUUUCGGGUUGCAAAAAUACCAGCGAUGAUUUGUAUGAAUCUAUCUACCCAAGCCUCGAUCUCAGACAUUUCAUUGCGUGUGCACUGGAAAAACAAUUUGGAAGUUUCGGAACACUUACUAUAACUGAAGCAUUUUUCUGAAUUGCACUUCGACAGAGAAUCGGUUACUUGACGCUGGUUACUUUUACGCAACUUUCCACAAGUCCAACUUGGCCAUGAAUUUAGUGCAGCUUACCAACGGAAGGACAAAUGAGGAACAGAGAAAGGCAGUUUUGAAAGCUACCGAGGAAAUUGCAAAAGUUGGUCCUCAAGUUAUUCUGCUUUACACUAGCAAAGAAAUAACCCAACUACUGUUGCAACAGGUAAGACAAAAACUUUGUCUAUUCUCAUUCGCGUAAAACCCAACUUAUGAUGAUUUAAUCUGUUGGAUAGCGGAGUGCCAUAGCUGUCCCUAGGAAAGCUCUCUAGGCCUUUUAUACGCCCUUGCAAACUCAUUCGCUCUCUUCUCGCAAGUCUACUCAACUUAGGUUCCAGUAAGUUUUCCCAUCCUCCUCUCCUUCAGCGGUGCUGGAAAAUUUAUCUUUAUCCUAUACCUUUUGCUAAAUUUUUUCGCCCGUAACUUGUCCAUCAUUAGGCAUAUGGUGGCGUCAUUUUAAAGUAAAGCUACUUCGAAAACAAAUGACAUCGAGUCUAUACAGCAGAUGACCAUACCAUAUCCCUCAUUUUAUUCAUGUGAUAAAGACAAAAGGGUAUGACGUCAUCGACGUUAAUUUAUUCUCCGCAAGUUAUUGAGAUUCCCAAGAGCCUUAAAAAUGUCUACUAUACUACUACCAAAAAAGGGAUGAAAACUCGUUGUAAAUUGCAAAAAAAAUAGAUUAUGCGCGAAUUGUCAAGGCUAAGAAUGGGUUGACGAUGUGUAAGAAACACAAACGCAAACAAACCUCAAACUAUUAAUCUUUAUACAAUUGUGACGUUUACAGUAUCUAUGAUAUAUUUUAAAAGAGGGCUAUAUCAUAAUUCAUUUCGUAAAGUUCAGUGGUUCCUAACUAUUUUGGCUACUUACGAUAAGAAAAGAGGAAAUAGUUUGGCGUUUUACUCUGUAUUUAUAGGUACCCUGUGAUCUGAAGAAAUACUACACAUGGAUCCUUCAAGGAGAGGUUUGUAUUUACUGUGACAUUACAUCAAAUAUCACUUUCUGAUCAACUUUUUUCAGGACGUUACUGAGGGAGUAAGCAACUCGAAGAAUCAGGCUAGUUCUUUUCAAUCUUCGUCAAACAAUAAGGAUAUUGCCACCAGCAAGAACACUUCGUUUCCCAAAAGAUUCAACCAGUGAACCCCUAGGUACACUCCGACUAUAUCGCUAGGGCUCCAAAAGCAACUGAAAAAGUAUGGUAGCAUUAUUAUCCACCUCCAAAAUGCACUUUUACGUUGUCGCCGGACUUGUCACUCGAGACCCAGAUGGAGAACUCAGUCGAUAUCUGGGAUCCAGAUUUUCUUCAACACAGGCUUAUUGAUCUCCGCACGGUGUGAUUGACAUAUCUGUCGAACCACCGAUAUGCUAUAUUUUAUUUUCUUUCCACUGGUUGAUAAGAUACUCCGCAUGGCAUUGCUUACGCAAUCAAGAUAAUAGUCAGUGGCGUUACCUUCUUUGGUCUUUCUCUCACAUGGGUUAUACCGCCCACAAAAAAAGCAGUAUUCCGUCAUGCAGGAAACAACGUCUUAUACUUUGUUAUAGCAAAGUGUUACUUCCUUGAUAGCAUCGAAAAAUAAUAGCAAAUUGUUAUGUGCAUUUAAGGUUUUACGAUACAUAAUAAAACAACAUAUCUGAAUACCUUUUUACUUUUUAUCUAGGUAUCCUUAAACCUCGCCAGUCUUCCAAACAAUGUCGUUUUAGCUUUUAAGCUUCCAUACGUACCUGAUGCAAUUCCUGGCAUUAAUCUCCAGAAUUUCAACGAGGUAAGCUACACAUGCCUGACGCCACAGCCUUAAGAACGCCUGCGUAAAAGGCCAAUUGAAACUGCUUGUCUUUAUUUGUUGUACCCUACUAAUUUCUCUCUCGGUAAAAACGCCAAGUAAUAGCUCUUUCGAUAGCGGAGCUCCCGCGCGAGAAUUAAAGCGGGCGCAGCGGAGCAUCAUGAGUAAUAAAAUUUGGUUACCUAUGCAUCCAAGUAAUUUGGGCUGUAACAAAAUCGCCCCCUUUUGGUAUUAAACUGAUGAUAUUACUGUAAUUUAAGUAGGUCGAGGGUCUCAGAUUCUAAUGAAAAGAAAAACAAACAAAAUUAGCUCCUUGAUGCAUGUUUAUGUCUUGUUCGUAAAAAGACAGUCGAGUGUGGCUGUUGGCACAAAAAAACAAUAAAAUCAAAAAUGAAUGCACGAUUAUUGAAGAAAUAUAACGAGUAAUUAAGCAGUUAUUAACAGUUUAUGUAAAAUCUCCUUCUGUAGGAUAUUACUUCUGUUCAGGUAUAUGAUGCGGUUCAAGUCAUUUACCAAGCAUUGAACAAAGAGCCGUGUUUAUCGCUAAACGAGUCUAGUAACAAUCAAGGGGAUAAAGAUCUUAUAUUUAACUGCAUGACAAAGGUACUGACUUCAUAUAAUAUAUCUUGAUUAAUUUUGAAGUUCUUAAAAAUAAAUCCAUGGCUGAUUCUCAACUUUCAGUCCUUGAGUAGCUUAAUCUUCCUCGUCAAGGAUCGACUUAAUUUUCAACUUCUAUGGAGGACCCAUUUCCCCAAUGUUCAGGUAGCCUAAAAGUAAGGAUAAAUGACCUUAAUCCGGGAAAAAAAAACAUUAGAACCUAGAAUUUGCCACCUUGUACAAACAGUUUAAAGCUGCAUGAAAAGCACUGGUUUUAACAUCCGCAUUUUUUUUCCUGAUAUGAAAAACAGCCACCCAUGUCGUUAUUGGAUUAUUCCUAAUAGUUAAUAGGAAACCUCGCAACCUGGCCUUUAAUCGAUUGAUUAGUUGGUUGACUGAUUAAUUGAUUGAUUGAUUGAUUGAUUGAUUGAUUGAUUGAUUGAUUGAUUGAUUGAGUGAGUGAGUGAGUGAGUGAGUGAGUGAGUGAGUGAGUGAGUGAGCGAGUGAGUGAGUGAGUGAGUGAGUGAGUGAUCGAUCAAUCGAUCGAUUGAUUGAUAGAUCGAUGGACUGAUUUUAAAGUAGGUUUAUUGUUUGUUUAAUUGAUUGGAAUAAUUUGUCGUUCGGCAUCCGCGUCGGAGAUGUGGUGUUCAGUUCCAGAAGAUAAAGUUCUGCUAAGCACCCGAUCUCUUCAGAGAAAGGCCAACUUUUCCAUACAAAUUUAACCAUAAUCUUUGUUUUUCUUCUUUGUUAAAGGUUGAUAUCGCUGGCAUAAGUGGUCCUGUCCAGUUUGACGAGAACGGAAGGCGAAUAGUCUCGCGCCUGGACAUCCUUAAUCUACGCAAUAACUCCUUCAAAAAGGUAAGUAGUAAGAAGGGUAUGAAUAAUCAUAUUUUUUUCCUCGCAUUGCUUAUUCAGGCUGAGUUUUUUUGAAAGCGAAAGACAGUCUCUCGACUAGAUAUCGACUACAAUUACAUUUUCGCAAAGGCUCCUUUAAACAACAACAACAAUAAGCUUUAUUUGCAUGACUAUAACAAAGUAUUACAGUAUUGCCAAAGCUACUUGAAUUUAAUUAUUGAUUCCUUUUUAAAUUAAGUAUUUAAAAUAACUUUAAACAUAAUAAUCAUUGCUUAUUUUCAACCAUCAGUAGGAUUAAUUAUUCCGGAGACACGUUUGUCUCUCAAUUCAAAGCAAGAUAAUAUAAAUUAAUGAAAUUAAUUGGAUGUUAAUAAAAUAGUCAGUAUAAUUCAUUAGAUGUGAUAAUAAGGUCUCAUGUGAUCGUAAGAAAGGUAUUUUAAGUUGUAGUUUAGAGAAGAACAUCUCUCUUAUCGAAGAAAUACUUGGAAAAUCUAAUGAAAAGUGAGUCUCAUCUUCAAUUCUGUUACAAUUGCAGAGACUGCACAACCUUUCAUCACGCGGUAUAUUGUCGUAUCUACCUGUCUCAAUCCUAAGUUUGUGACUGCUUAUUCUCAGUUUCACUUAACGCUUUCCUAGAAGGGUUCUUUCUUCUUAGAUCUUGGUAAGCGGGGGGGCUAUAGUUCGUUUCGAUUUUGUAAUAAAAGUUACGUUUUUGUAAAUGUUGAAAGGUAGGGAAAUUAUAGUAGUCUAUCAUGUUCUUGAGACUGGAGUAAAAAACUAUUUUGACCAUUAUGAUGGUCAACAGAUAUCUUUAAAGAUUGUUUAACUAUAGAAUUUUCAUCUUUUUCUUACUUUAAGUAAUAAAGUAUUCUUUUAUUUAUAUUGUAGCGCGAGGCAAUCCCCGCGAGUACCCCUCUAAGUAAGUCACGUGAGAUGGCGUAAUAACCAUGUGCGAAGAAAUGAUUGUAAGACGAGUGAGUAGUAGAUUAAACAUGUGUUGUUCUCUUAACUCCGUGUUUUAACUGGGAAUCUUGGCGUUACACUGGUGGCAGCGGUAAACAAAGACGAACUUCACGGAUAUAUGUGUUCAAUGGCGAUAUUUCCAUGGUUUGCGUGCCUGAGUUUCAUCGCCCUCCGUUGUUUUUCAUCCAAAGUCUCUUCGUGUGUUUGCUAUCGUGGUCUCACCCGUUUGCAAUGGCGGAAAACUCACUUGUGGAUUCAGGAUUUAAAGGAAUGAGUUGUUCAACGCCAGCUAAUCCUUUUAAAGCGGGAAACCCAUUUACAUCAGAGUCUGUUUCAUCUGUAGACUCAUCAAUGCAUGUGGAGAGUCCAGGUCGGCGAUUUCUAUCAGCGAGCUUGUUUGCCUCGCCGCUGGAUCCGUCAGUACAUGAUAGCAGUGCAAGUCACCGAUUUCGCUCCAAAAACCCGUUCGCAUCGGAGAGUCAACAGGAUACUUACUCCACUGAUUUGUUUACACACCGCCCGAAGUUAAGCAAGCCUAUUAAAAAUCCUGCGGAUUAUGAUGGUACUCAGUCGCUACGUGAUUAUUUGAAACACUUUGAGCGUUGCUCUGUUGUUAAUGGUUGGAACCAAGAAGAAGCCGCUCUAUUUCUUGCUGCAGGCCUUCGAGGAGAAGCCCAAAAGGUGCUUAAUGGUAUGUCUGAUAGCGAUUGUCGAACUUACGCCAAAAUUGUUGAAAAAUUGGAGCUUCGGUUUGGUGUUGAAAAGCAGCGUGAGUUACACCAAGUACGCCUUCAUAACCGUCGCCAACUGGAAAACGAAAGUGUUCAAGCUCUUGCUGCAGAUAUUCGCUCUCUGUCAAGUUUAGCUUAUCAGGACUUAUCUCCGGUCACUCAAGAAAGAUUUGCCGUCCAGCACUUCAUUGAUGCACUCAAGGAUCGAGACGACAGGCUUAAAUUACGUAGAGAUAAACCUCGCACCUUAGAUGACGCCCUGUCGCUGGCUUGUGAACUUGAGGCGUUUCGUCUCGUGGAUGGAGACGAGCGGAGAAGCCCUCUUCAUGUUCGCUCUGUGGAUGAAGUUGAUAAAGAGCCUGAUUUGCUUAAAGCUCAGCUGGAUAUGUUACGUUCUGACAUUCGAGUGCAACAACAACGUCAGGAGACUCAGCAAGUUGCUAUGCAACAGUUAGUUGAGCAGAUACAGCAGCUCUCCAAGUCGCUCUCUUUGAACACCUCUGGUAGCCAACAGCGAUUACCUCCUUCACGUUACUCCAACCGCAAUGUUCAAUGCUGGAAUUGUAAAGAAUUUGGCCAUUAUCGUCGUAACUGCCCAAAGUACAAGUCACUUGACCGAGCCAACCCGGGCUCGGGAAACGGCCGCAGGGUGUCGCCCACGGGCCAGGGGGAUGCCUAAAUGCGAGUGAUGUUGGCCCCACAAGUGGUACUGAUGUGAACAAUGCAUUCUCUCAGCAAUUGCCAAACCAGGAAAUGACAUGUCCUAAUACACCCAUGGAACAGUCACAUGUUAAUGAAAAGUCACGAGGCCUUUACUUGCCAGGCUUUCUUGGAGGAUCUCGUGUCAUGUGGUUGAUAGACACUGGUGCCGCACGUUCAGUUUUGUCGUUCGAGGUUUAUAAUUCUUUACCUGUUAGCGUUAAGUUCAGUUUGAGUUCAGAAAAUUCUGCCAUUGCUCUUGCUAAUGGUCAACAAGCGAAAACUUUUGGUGUGGGACAUGUUGUCAUGCGCCUUGGUAACAGCGAGUUUCAAAUGCAUGUAAUUGUUGCCGAGAUUGAGGAUGAGGGCAUUUUGGGUAUGGACUUCCUGUCACAAGUUGAUUCCCGUAUUGACAUUGCGACAAACCAACUGUCAAUUAAUGGCGAAGUGUUUGAUUGUUCUGAUUUCAAGAACCAACCCCUUAGUUCCAGAUGUAUGGUUCGACGGUCAACCAUGAUUGAACCUAACACUGAGGUGAUUGUCCCAGUCCUUGUUCACAAGCGUUCAUUUAACUUAGACCCACAGUCGUCUCAAUUAGGCACGCGAUUGUUAGAACCAUGUCUGAACUCACAUUUGCAACAAAAGGGACUUUAUGUUGCAAGGACUCUGGUUGAUGUUACGGAGGACAGGGUGGUCCCCUUACGUGUUUUCAAUGUUUCUAAUGAAGUGUUUCAUUUGGCUGCUGAGACUGUGAUUGCCCUUGCUAAGCCAGUUACUGAUGUCACCUCACUAGAGCUUAAUCAAGAGAACCAUGACGGUGCUAUGGGCCAAGCUAGAGUAAUAAAUGAACAUGUGUCACAAGGAGCAGUCGAUAUGACUCUACCGAAGGCCUUGCAGGAACUACUUGAGAGAAGCACAGAUAAUUUAACUGACAGUGAAACUGAGAGACUGCAGGGGUUGCUAUUCAAUUACCAGCAUGUGUUCUCAAUUUCAGACGGGGACUUAGGCACCACGCACAUGGUCCAGCACAGAAUCGAUACGGGCAAUGCUCUUCCAAUCCGAAUUCAACCCCGGCGAACUUCACCGUGGAAACAUGAUGAGAUAGAACGACAAGUCACUAACCUCCUACAGCAGGGCAAGGUGAUGGAAUCGUCCAGCCCCUGGUCUUUUCCGGUUGUGCUAGCAACCAAAAAGGACGGUAGCCAAAGGCUGUGCGUGGACUACCGCCAGCUUAACGCAGUGACGAUAAAGGAUGCCUUCCCCUUGCCUCGGGUUGAUGAUUCUCUUGCUGCUUUGAGUGGUUCCCGAUGGUUCUCAACUUUGGAUCUUGCCUCAGGUUAUUGGCAAGUGGCGAUGGAUGCGGGCACCCAGGAGAAGGCAGCAUUUGUAACUUCGAGCGGCCUGUAUGAGUGGACCGUGAUGCCUUUCGGCCUCUGCAACGCACCCAGCACCUUUGCCAGACUGAUGGAACUUGUUUUGAAGGGCCUACAUUGGAAGAUUUGUUUGAUCUAUCUUGAUGAUGUGAUAGUUAUGGGACGCACGUUUGAAGAGGAAUUAGAGCGGUUGAAAGAGGUGUUCGAGCGACUAGCCAGGGCAGGACUAAAACUUAAGCCAAAGAAGUGUUUUCUCUUCCAGAAACGGGUUUCGUACCUCGGACAUGUGGUCACGGAAGAAGGCAUUGCUGCAGACCCUGAAAAGGUGGAGCAAGUUCGCACCUGGCCCACCCCAGAAAACAGCACGGAGGUCAAAAGUUUCCUUGGACUUGCCUCUUAUUACCGCCGGUUCAUCCCUGAUUUCUCGACCAUAGCUAAGCCGUUGUACAAGCUAACGGAAGCCAAGGCGGAAUUUGCUUGGACAGAGCAAUGUCAGCUGGCUUUUGACAGCCUGAAGGGUUUACUUACGUCCGGUAGAGUCCUAGCCUACCCUACUAGGGAGGGAAAGUUUGUGCUAGACACCGAUGCGUCAGACCAUGGCAUUGGGGCAGUGUUGUCACAGUUUCAGGACGGGGUCGAAAAACCCAUUGCGUUUGCAAGUCGGACAUUGUCCAAGUCUGAAAGGAACUAUUGUGUGACGCGUCGUGAGCUCUUGGCAAUCGUUGAGUUUGUUAAGCAACACCGGCAUUACCUACAAGGUACAAGAUUCUGCAUUCGAACUGAUCAUGCCCCUUUGCGUUUUGUUGUCCAGGCCAAAGAUCCCGAGGGACAGCUUGCACGUUGGAUUGAUUACUUGAGUACUUUCGACUUCGAGAUCCAGUAUCGACCAGGACAGCGACAUCUGAAUGCUGAUGCACUUUCCCGUAGACCAUGUGAUGUCCGUUGUAAGUGGUGUAAGGGUUGGAAGUCACAGGAGCGAGCGUCAUCUGUUGAUGUGGGUGUUCAGACCGUGAUGCAUGUCCCUUGCCAGGACAUCAAACAACCUGUGAAUUGUGAAGAACCUGUUGGUGCUCGUUGUGCCACUGUCAAGUUAGAACCAACCUGGACUUCAACUUUCGUGAGGGAACAACAGGAAGCUGACUUUGAUCUCAAGGUUAUUAUUGGUUGGAAGGAAGCCGGCAAAGAAAAACCAUUGUGGGAAGAUGUGUCGCCUCAGAGUUGUGCUGUGAAGACCUUGUGGUCACAGUGGGACCGGCUGCUCUUCAGAAACCGUGUACUUUGCCGCAGAUGGGAAAGUGACGGAGGUGAUCAGAUUAUUGACCAGGUCAUUCUUCCCGAGAGUCUUCGACAGGCUGCCCUUGAAGCUCAUCAUAGUCAUACGACUGCAAGUCAUCGUGGUAUACGAAAGACCCUAGGCGCCCUUCAAUCUCGUUAUUACUGGCCAGGACUUACUUCAGCAGUUCACAGAUUGGUCGCCAGGUGCCAUGUCUGUGGGUCUAAGAAAACCUGGGGACGCAAACGUCGUGCUCCGUUAAAGCAGUACGUGGUGGGAGCUCCCAUGGAACGAAUCGCGAUUGACAUUCUUGGCCCACUGCCAGAAACCCCGCGAAAGAACAAAUUUAUACUCGUGGUUAGUGACUAUUUCACUAAAUGGACUGAGAGUUAUCCAAUACCCAACCAGGAGGCCACCACUGUUGCAGAGAAGCUUGUGAGCGAGUUCAUUUGUCGCUUCGGUGUACCCCGUCAGCUUCAUAGCGACCAAGGAACUAACUUUGAGUCAAGGGUGUUUGCUGAAGUCUGCAGGCUGUUAGACAUUGAGAAGACCCGCACCACUCCCCUGCAUCCCCAGUCUGACGGACAGGUGGAGCGUUUUAACAGAACCCUCAUUGAAAUGUUACGUGGGAAGAUCCAGCAAGACCAGACAGACUGGGAUCUACAACUUCCAACUUGCAUGAUGGCCUAUCGUGGUGCUGUUCAUGAGUCAACCGGGGUUUCACCUAACCUCUUGAUGUUGGGUAGGGAACUGGAGGUUCCCCUGGAUGUCAUAACUGAGAGACCGCCUGAUGCAUCACCACUCAAGACGGACUAUGCACAAGCUGUUCAAAAGAGAUUGGCUAGUGCGCAUGAUUUGGCCAGGCGUCAUUUGAACAAGGCAGCUGUACGGCAGAAGCGGAACUAUGACAAACGGCUUUCUGGGAGACCAUUUGUUAUUGGUGAUUCUGUUUGGCUGCAUAACGUUCGGAGGAAGAAGGGGAGAAACGCCAAACUUGACUGUCCUUGGGAAGGACCCUACCUUGUAAUAUCGGUGCUAUCGGAUGUGGUGUACCGUAUUCAGAAGGGCCGAAAGGCCAAGCCUAAGGUCGUUCACUCAGACAGAUUAAAGCCUUACCUGGGACCCCCACUGGAGAGAUGGAUUCCGAAAAGGCAGACGCGGUUAUCGAGCCCAAGAGGAGAGGGGAGACAGACAUCGGUUGUGGAUUCAAAUUGCGUCGACGAGGGACAGUCAGCUCCGGUUAACGUGAGAGAGGGAGCUGAGCGCGACGAAACGGAAUCUACGGAAGCAGACAAGGAUGAUGUUCCCCCGAGACUCCAGAAUGCUGAUUUCAUUGGGGAUGAUAGCGGUGACAAGCCUGAGGAUGUGAGGAAACCUAAGCCUCGUGCGAGAUUGACGACCUCUGUUGCACAUGACCUUAACCAGGCGGGUGUUGGCUGUCAAACAGCUGAGUCGACUGUACAAGGUUUACCUGGGAUUUAUUCAAGUGUUUGUGGGAGACCGUCAAGGCAGCGGAAGCCACCAAGUCGAUUCGGAACUUGGGUGACUGAUUAACCUGAAAUGUUCAGGGACUGAUUAGCAUUAUAGGACAGUCUAGGCAACUAGACAAGUAUAAGUUAAUGCCUUUCAUUACCUAAGAACUGUAGACGCUUGGCACGUUGAUGAAUGAACAUUUGAGACUUGAUCUGUUGCGUUUAAUUGAAGUUGUUUUCGGAAACGAUCUGCGAAAUAGUGGACCAGCACUGGGACAGUGCUUAAGUAGGGGGGGAGUAGUGUAGCGCGAGGCAAUCCCCGCGGGUACCCCUCUAAGUAAGUCACGUGAGAUGGCGUAAUAACCAUGUGCGAAGAAAUGAUUGUAAGACGAGUGAGUAGUAGAUUAAACAUGUGUUGUUCUCUUAACGCCGUGUUUUAACUGGGAAUCUUGGCGUUACAAUAUCAAUGAUCAAACGGAAUCUGCCAAGUUCAGCUCUGCAUGCAACAUUGGAUGACUUGUUAUGGACUUCUAAAUAUCGUUUACAAAAGUGUAAAUGAGUUUUAACCCUUUAAGUCCCAAUAGUGACCAACAGCAAUUUUCUCCUAACGAUAUCCAUACAUUAUCAUGAGAUUAGGUUAUGAGAAUUAAUAAAAUGAUCACCUAAGAGAAAAUACUUUGAUCUUUCAUCAAAUUCUCUUAAGUAGUUCUUAAAGGAAAUGUUAAAGGAAAUGUAUAGAGAUCAGUUUGGAGAAUUUGUAUGUGGAUAUUGGGGCUUAAAGGGUUAAAUAAGUAGGUAGUGUAGAGGGAUCUAAAUGAUCCCGUUUUGCUCAGCGCAUUUACUUCUUUUAAUUUUGAGACUGAGUUUUCAUUACUAUUGACUUUGUCGAUGUGUCGAUGAUCAAGCUCAAUUCGUAAAGGAGCAUCUUUACCUUGUUACUUCUCUGAUUACCUAUUGACAUCGCAAACUGAAUCUUGCCGCAUUUCCGCGCGGAGGCCGAUACAGUAAACCAAUAAAGCUAGUAGAAACAUGGAAUGUGUCUUGGGUUUUUAUAGAAAAUUUCAAUAUAUAAUUUCUUAAGGCAAUGGCAUAAUGGUUAAGCUAUAAGUGAAAGAAAACAAUAAGGAAGUAGUUCAUUUAUUUAUGUAAACUUAUUUGAUUGCUUUUUAGAUAGGUUCUUGGAAUAGAACCAAAGGUUCACUGUUCUUUGAUAACAUGUCAGCUAAUGCAGUGGAUAAUUCAUCUUCAAAUGGGAAUAGACUAGAGGGAAGGAUGUUCCGGAUUGUCACGAUCGAGGUAAAAACGGUUAUAGAAUAUUUAAGACCUCCAAUUGUUUCCUAACAACUUUGGUCUUCGUGGUUGCUUAAAUGCUUCCAAUACAGUAAGCUCUUCUUUUUACAUCAUCAUCGCUAUUAUGAGGGUUUGCACUUGAUCUUAUAAUUCCCAUUUAUGUGAUCUCUCGUCAUCAUUUUUGAGCAAAAAAAGCAAUUUAUUUUAAACGUCUAUUAAACUUGUAUUAUCAUCCUCCUCCUCAUCAUCAUCAUCAUUGGGAGCUUAAGCGAAAGAGAUUUUGGCGACGCCGGAAGUGAGACCAUUUCCCCUUUAAUAUUCCUCGACGCUACCGAAUUUGUAUUGUUAUAGAGUGUCUUUGCUCUUGCAGAGACGAGUUCCCAGAAAAUUUGGGCAAAACCACUGCCCAAAGAAUGCAAAAUUUUCACUUCCUGUUGACCUGCUUAAACAUCCUAUUAUCAUCACCACCAUUGUCUCGACUAAUACCGUACAACAACAACAAACAACAACAACAAAUUUUAUUGAAAAUUGGAAAAUAACUAAUUACAUCACUUUCCCACCCGCAAAUAGCUUAUAAACUAAUCGAGGCGGGGGAAGCUGAAGACAUAUUACAAAACAAGAUUUAUAUAUAGGUGGACUAAAUAACAGUGAAGACACUACUAUACAGUAAAUAGAAUUUAAACUAACAUAAAACAAGGCAAGUACAUAACUUAGGCAUAAUAUGUCACACGAAACAAGAUAACGAAACAAAUAGAAGAAAGCAGAAGGAACACUUAAACAUCAGAAAUUUACGAAAUGUUACGCGGAGCACUCAAACACUCGUCCGUCCAUCUUAGCCACAUCACGUGGCUAAGAUGGACGUUUACUCUCCUUGAAGCUUGACCAAACCAAAAACUUGUUUUCGUGUUGAUAAUUGUCAUGUUCUUAUUUUUACAAACGUUAAACAAGGAGCCUCCUUUUGUGAGGGCAACGAAGAACAAGGAUGGGACCUUUCAAUAUGAAGGAUACUGUGUAGAUCUGAUUAACGAACUGGCAAAAAUCCUCAAGUUCAAGUACGAAUUCUACCCCUCCCCGGACGACAAAUAUGGCGCCAGAAUGGAAAGUGGGACAUGGGAUGGGAUGGUCCGUGAGAUUUUGGAUGGGGUUUGUAUGGAUUAGAUCAUAUUUAAGGCAAAAUUGUAGGUAUGAAUUUAGGAUCAUUCGUGUUUAUGUUUUUUAAAAAUAUGGAUGCUGGGAGUGGCCAACAGUAUGACCAUUGCUUUUCCUGCGUUACAGUAUUUUCAAUCGGGGGGGGGGGUUACUCCCUAUAAUGGCCUCAUGAUGGGGAGACUCCGACCGCGAAAGGGGUACCUUUUUCAGGCUUCAGGUACAUGAAAGUGUAAGGAUUUCACUAGUUGCAGUAUACGAAAAUGUAGGGAAAUCUGUCAUUUUGGUCUGUAAAAAGGCCUAAAAGGACUAACAGAUGCAUUUUAUGACCUUGAAAAGCUCAAGAAAAGUUUCUGGUUUUGUGAUGUAUUCAGACUUUUAAGCCAGUGCAUCUGCAGCCGUUAAAACGGAUGUAAAUUUCUAAGCUAGAUAUGUGAAAGGGGUACCAUUUGUCAUUAUAGGGUAUAUAAAAAGGGGUACCUUUUCGGUCAAAAAUGAUAUAUAAAAGGGUAAGGGGUUGGAAAUCCGGUCUAGUGAGCUUAGCAAUCCUCCCCAGAGCAACCAUAAAUCAACAGUGCACGCUAAAGCGUUUACCAUGUGUCUACCGUGUGUUUUAUAACAUAAAUUUUAUAGAAAACUUUUGAAUUUGUUAACCGAUAGUAAGAAAAUGAGGUGAGCGUUGUUUUUGUUGUCAUCUGCGCGAGAUCUGCAGGGUGUGGCGUGUGCUAACAAUUCUUGCAAAAGUUUUUCGCGUCUCGAUCAACUAUUACGCCUCUCUCGUGCUCUCCAAACUUCGCGCAUCCUUCAUAUCUCGACAUACGCACGCUGACGCAUAAACCAAUUGUUAAUUAUUAAUUCAUUUUUAUCUGUAGAAUGCAGACAUGGCAGGAGCACCAAUAACUAUAACGGAAGAACGUGAAAAGGUGUUGGAUUUUAGCGUUCCUUUCAUGUACACCACAGAGGAUUUGAUCAUGAAGAAGCCUUCGUCUGGAAACAAAGCAGUAGACUUGUUACAAUUUAUGACCCCGUUUGAAAAUGUGGUUUGGGUUUGUACUCUAGCGACCUUGGUGAUCAUCUCUGUAGCAAUAUUUGUAUUAAACUACUACAGUCCCUAUGCAUAUGAAAAUGAAACUGGUGAGGGCACUUCGGACAAAAUCAGCUUUUUCGACAGCGUGUGGUUUGCAUUAGCUUGUAUGCUGCAGCAAGGUGGUGAUAACACACCAAGAAGUUUGUCAGGUAGGAAAAAAAACUUUUUUUUGUAGAUUUUAAAAAUCUACUUCUUCAAUUAAUGCGUCAACUUUUCAACUUUUGAAUCCCUUUUUAGAGGCAAAUAUACUUUUAAUGGACUCAGGGUGGAAUAUAAAUGACUGUCUUUGCAAGGUCGAAGCGUCAAAGAAAAAAAGGCCCCGUGUAUAUGAAGAAAAGCCCAGUGCCCGGCCUGGUAAUUAAAGAAGGUCACUCAGCUUUACCCAGUCUUUAUAUAGGGAAAAUGUUAACCCCCGCACUUUUGCCCGAGUCAACAGCGCUCAGCUUGCACAUGCUCUGAUUGUCUCGUCAAGUCUCGCUUAGUCCAGCCAACUUUUUUUUGUCAUGUAAACGAUUCGCUUAGUUUUGUAAGGAAAUGUAGGAAAUGUUGGCUCGCCCGGGAUAGCUCGGUUAGGCAAGUAACCCUCCUACAUGUGGGACAACUUUUCUCCAUGUAUAAAGGGGGCCUAAUCGUCCCUGUCAGUUCUAACAAAAGCUACCUUACUCAGUUUUCUUAGAAUUUCAGCGUACAAAUUUCAUGUCCCCAUAGACUCCUCUGGUCACUUCAGGCUGACUAAUAAGUCUUAGGAUACUAGGUAAGAUAAUUGCCUACGUUCCGACAUUUCAUUUCUUUUUCGUUUUAUUUUUUAUUUCUUCCAUUUUUCCAUCUUUCUGCAGGUCGUAUUCUUACCGGAUGUUACUGGUUUUGCAUUCUUGUCUGGGUAUCAACAUAUACCGCCAACCUAGCGGCUUUUCUUACUGUCAAAAAUGCUGCCAACGCGAUUAAAAGCCUGCAAGACGUUGCGAAAACUUCCUAUCAAGUUGGUGUAAUUGAAUCCUCUAGUACAGCUGAGUCCUUCGCGAACACCCACCAUUUGCCGUUCGUAAAGAUUUGGCAGCGAAUAAAGGCAGAAGAAACAUUCGUCCAGAACACUUCUGAUGGAAUCCAACAAGUGAGAGAAAAAGCAAACUUCGUGCUUGUCGGUGAUGGCACUAAACUUGAGUAUAUUGCCAACCUUCGUCCAUGCGACCUAAUGACAGGUGUGUAAGGCCCCAGUGGAUCAAGAUGGCUUGCAUGAGAGGACAAGCCUUGUCCAUUGGUUAUUAACCGGGACAAAUUUACUUUCUUCGUGACAGUGAUAGUGAAAUAUAAUCGUGAAAGUAGAAUUACUCUUGCCUUUUUUUUUCCGGAACAAUUUCCGUAAGUUUUUUAUCAUUACUUAUUCAAUAACCAGAAAUAGUUCGAACUCAAAAACCGGAAAAUAGGCCACAAGGGGGCGUAAAGGGCGUACGAAUAUUAAAAAACCGCACAGAAAUACGUAUAAACACCGCACAGAAUAACACAAGAAAACCGCAAACAGCAUUGAAAUUACCAGAAAAUUUCUAAAUACCGCAAACCGCCUGGUUUUGUAAAACCGCAAUAUGGCAACUUAAAAUAAAAUUUCCGCAAAACCGCACCAAAAAUCGAGCAAAACCGCAUCACCGCAAACCCUUUAACGCCCCCUUUUCUGCGGCAGCAUGUGUAUUGAUGUGUAUUGAUGUGUAGCCUAUUUCCAAACUGGAAAGGUUUUUUUAACCUUAAAGGGACUAUUUUAAAAGGAUAUUGCUGUUUAUGUCAAUUCUCUGCUAAGGUUGUGCCUUUACUCAUUGAACUGAUCCUAUAGAGUUAUUUGAAGAAGAUAUGAUAAUCAAACAGAUUCCAUCAGGGAGCAAUAACCAGUAUAAUAUUUUUUUGGUGAUGUUUGCAAGCAUAGUUAAAACUCAGUGAAGAUGUUGAGCCAAUUUUUUCAAGUUUCAAUCCAUGUCCAUCCUUGCCAUCCGUUGCAACAGACAACAGGAGACAGUUUCAAUGGCUAAAUAUAGCCUUAAAAAACAAAACUGGACCAUUAUUUUUGAAAUUAAAUUGAAGCGAAGACACCUUUUAGCUUUUUUGAAAAGAUAGCAAAUAGGGUUGAUAUAGCCCUUUGAAGGGGAUGAAAUGUUCAUUUGGGAAAACUCCGGCAUCUGGGCUUCAGAAGCCGAGAAAAAACCCGGUUAACCAGGUUAAUCCUCUCUCAAGAAGGAUACACUGAAGUUUUACAUAGGUGAGGUAAGAUCAUCGUCAACUGAUACAGCCAAAAAGGCCGGGCAAACAGCCAAUCAGGGAUUUUUUGCGCUUCAUUUGAAGAGUUGUAUCUCCAUUCUCUAGAUAGCGCUUUCCAAAACUCAGGCCUGCCGGUCGGACCAAGGCCUUACCAGUGAUUUUGAAAAUGAAAUAGGCUUUUUACAAGAGUUUUUGAUGAAAAAAAAUCAUCUCUUUCUUGCUUACUAGAACUCAGGAUUUGACUAAUCUGGCUGGAUCGUUUUGAUUAAAGGUGAAAUUUUCAUUACGACGAAAUGGUCUAGCUGGUCGACAAUAAUGGAACGCGCCCUUAGUUAUACGCUCAAACCGUCGUUAUUGCUUGAUCUGAAUCCUAUGGUUGAGAGAAUUUCCAGAACAAUAUGACAAAUAAGCUUUAUUUUCCAUCCAGUUCCAGGUCUCAGAAGAGCUAAGGGACUGGCGUUCGGUUUUCCAGCUUAUGAUCCACAUACUAUGGAUUUUACUCUGGCCAUUUUGCGUCUUCAUGAAAAUGACUUCCUGGAUAAGCUGAAGCGAAAGUGGUGGGACAUGGCUAAUGAAUGUCCCGAAGAACAAGAAACAAGUGAGUUACAAAAGAAAUUGCACAAAUUUGUUUAUACACGAAACCCUUGAGAGUCUUUAGCCCUCUAAUCAAUCAAACGUAGCAGUUUGUAAUCAUUUUAUGGCGGCAAAUUUUCUGCGAAUGCAGCUGUUUCUCCUCCUUUCUUGCCCCGCUGUGGAUAUUUUGCGCAAGAGACGUCCAUAGCGCAGCAAGAAGCGAGGAGGAGAGACGGUUGUAUACUAGCAGGCUAGGUGUUAAAUUGACUCUAUAAAGUCAGUUGACAAUCAUCGUAUACUAAAUGCUUUUGCUGAAAGCUAAGAGUUUCUUUUUCUUGCUGUGACAAAGCCAUGUUAUGUAAAGAAAUUUCUAACUCAGAGCGAUUAAAUUUAGAGUUUCAGAGUUUUUAUUUCGUUACAAACUCAAGAUUGAUGGAUAUUAGCGAGCUUAAACAACGAUGACGGCGACCGCAAUGGCAACGAGAGGGAGAAAAAAGCAAGAGGUUUAGAUUAGCAAAACAACAACUUUGCGCGUGCAUCACCCUUUUUUGUACAUUUCUUUGCCGACGCUGCACGACUAAAACGUGAAAGUGCCUAAUUUCACGUUUCUUCGACGACGUGAACAGCAGACGACUCUUCACCUUGACUUCGUUUCGGUCCAAACAAUUGCAAAAAAAAGGACCUUGGCCAAUGUCCAGCGAUCUUGACUUCACUUUUGGUCAAAAGCUCUUAUUUAUUUUCUUUCCGUCUUCUUCCUCCCUUCCUUUUUUUUCUUUUUGGCAGCGUUGUCUCAACAGCGGAUGGGUUUUCUGAAUAUGUUGGGCGUGUACGUCGUCAUGAGCUGUGGGAUAGUUGUAGCAUUUAUAACGUUGAUUGCAGAGAUCUUCUGGAAGAAAAUGAAGAAACGGGAGACUAAACUUUCAUGUUUUAAAGGU